AUGUGGGGCAACGAAGGAUUCCAGCAGCAGCAACGCCCUGGGCUCGCGCUGGCGCUUCCCAUCCUUUCGUAUUUCGUACCUCUAUCUGCGCCCUUCAUCCUAAAUCCCCGCACACACUUCGGCACGACAACGACAGCACGCGUCUCGCCGCGCCGAAAUGACACUGGGGUGUCCGCCUCAACGCUGCAGUGCGGUGGCGCCCAAGACCUGUAGGUUCAAUCAUUCAGCUGU